AGUGCUCGUUACUUUUAUGGACGCGUAUACAUAGUUUUUCUCAGCAGAGAAAUUGUGUGCUGGUAAUUUUGUGUAAACUUUUGCAAUUGCAUUCGCAACAAAAGGCAGCAAGUCGGAGCAAAAUGAAUGAGGGGAGUGAAUACUCCAUACACUCGAUAUGCCGCGUAUGCCUAAAUCAUCUGCGCAACGAUGCCGUCUACGAUCUAUUCAUGGUCCCAGGUCUGGCCAAAAAGUUGUGUGUGUGCACUUCGCUGUCCGUGGAACAACACGAUGGAUUCCCAAAAAACCUUUGCACCUCUUGCUACACAAAGCUCAACGAUUUGCAUGGCUUUCAAAAGAUGUGCGUGGACUCAGUGCAAAAGUUUCAGGAUAUGGUAGCAAAUAAUUAUUUCACUCCCGUCGGCAUCUCGGAUAUUAAUCAAAUUGACAAUGUUGAUGUUCUCAAUAUUGCGCCACCCGAAAAUGAAAUGGAGGAGGAUCGCAUUAACUUUGAUCCGCUAUUGAAUACGAAAAUUGAAAUAAUCGAGAAUGAAGACGAUGUCUUCAAAAUGCUUGAAGAUGUGGACAAAGAUGUCGAAGAUGUAGAAAAGGACAAGGAAUCAUCGAGUGAAAGCGAAGCGGAAAAUGACGAAGAGGAUGCAGACUUUGAUGCGAAUAGCAGCGAAUCCGAGGACGCAGCGCCUCUAUCACGAUUGCGUGGCAACACCCGAGCCAGCAAGGCCAAGGGACGCAAGGCUGCCGCUUCUAACACCCGCGACGACGAUGACGAUGAAUCCUCCAGCUCUGAGUCGUCGGAUGACGACGAUAGACCCAGCACGAAAUCCAAACGCAAACGCAUUCCAGCUGGCGAACGGGAUCGACAUAAGCUCAUCGAUUGUCACAUCUGUCAUCAGAAGUUCAAAAAGGCCAUUCGAUACGAGGAGCACAUGAAGCACCAUAACGAUCUGUUGCCAUUCCAGUGCACGGUAGAGUCGUGCAAGAAGGGCUUCACCACAGCCGGUGGCCUGCGCCUGCACAUGGACCAUGCGCACUCCGAGUUCUCCGAAGUACACGCCUGCACCUUUGAGGGAUGCGACAAGACAUUCCCCCGCUCCGUCUUGCUCACGUUCCACAUGAAGAAGGUGCAUAAGGUGGCCAAACCGGAUGUGAAGCGACACGCGUGCACUGAAUGCGAGAAGGUCUUCCGCUGUCCCACCGCACUCAAGAAGCACAUGUACAAGCACACGGGUGAAGAGCUGCCCUUUGCAUGCGAAAUCUGCGGCAAACGAUUCCACAUACACAGCGUGCUCCGCGAUCAUCUGCUGCGUCACGCGGGUGUGAAGAAUCAUGUGUGUCCGUACUGUGGAGUGGGCAAGACAACGCGACAGGAGUGGAACAAGCACAUCUUGACGCACACCCGCGAGAAACAGUUCCAGUGUCGACAAUGUGAUCAUGCCUCGCACAACAAACAGGCGUUAUCCAAUCACGUCAAGGUGGUGCACAUGAAAAUCAAGAACUUUGCCUGUCAAUACUGUGGCAAGACCUUUGGCAAGUCGCAUGCAUGCAAGAUCCAUGAAAGAUUACAUACUGGCGAAAACUGUUGCGAGUGCAAGAUCUGUGGCAAGAUCUUCCUCUUCGAGAAACGUCUCACUAAGCACUUGCAGAUCCACGAGAAACGAGAUAUUCCACCGCCAGCUACGGCGACGGCUGUUAAGCCGCCCGGCGAAGGUGAUGGCCAAAACAAUGUAAAUCUCGGUCAGGGUGGAGAGCAGCAGAGUCAUUUGGCAGAGCCAAUGGACGUGAAACCCAUACCGGUGAUACCACCCAAGCCGAAGCCAUCGCAUCGUGUGGAACGCGUGGACAUCUCUCAACUGGCGGGCACCUCGGUCAAUCCCAUAUCAUCGGUGUCGGUGCCUUCGUGGUCGCCGCAGGUGAACUUCACUAAGAAGGAGGGUCAGCACAUUUGUCCGGGCUGUGGGCGUGGCUUCAAUCAUAUUGGCAAUAUGAAGUUGCACUACAAGAUCAUACACGAGAAGGUCAAGGAUUUCGCCUGUCGCUAUUGUCCCAAACGCUUUGCCAAGGCUCAAUACUUGCGCAAUCAUGAGUACAUCCAUACAGGCGAGAAACCAUUCGAGUGUAAGAUCUGUGGCAAACACUUCAGGCAGGAGCAGGUGCUUAAGACGCAUCUAAAGGUGCACGAUAAACCACCAAAGCCACCGAAGGAAAAGAAGCCGCCAAAGCCAUCAGUUAGCAAGGCCAAGGGAUUAAAGGUUGAGCUCAACAAAAAACAACCAAAGAUUCAUGAGGAAUACCAGGAUCCAGCGGCAGAGCGAGCAGCGGCCACCGCUGCGCUGCUCGCCCAGCAGAUCGAGGAGAAUGAGGCAAAGCGAAAGCAGGAGGAGGCGAAUCGUAAAAUACAGGAAGCCGCAUGUGAGCAGCUGAAUCGAUUGCAAAAGCAAAUACAAAGCGAAAAGGGCUCCUAUGAUAGCUAUUACGGUCAGAAGGCUGAAGCCGAGGGCAUUGACCCGGAUGGUCUCAAAUUAGAUCACGUGUAAAAUGGGUUACGGUGAGAAUAAGAUUCACGAAAUGAAGAUGUACUUGUCCCUGUCGAUUUAAGAACCCCCGCCCCCAAACCAUAUGAUCUAUGAGCGAGUCCCUCAAAUAAAUGUGGCUUCAUACAUAUAUAGAUAAAAUACAUAUAGUACACAUCUGUAAACCCCUCAAUCAACUUAAUCCUUAAUCAUUUAAUUAUAUAUUAAAUAUUAAUUACAUUGUACGUGUUGUAUCUACAUACAUACCUACAUACUAUAUACUUAAUCUCUACAAAUCCGAAUUCAGUCUAGCAUCCUUAAUCCUGCCAAGGAAUGGAAAGAAGUUCCCAGCUGUCUCGGAGUAAACAAAUACUUAUUGGUCGAUGCAAUUCUAAUAACGAAACUUUCAAGUUAUUAAGUUUAAGCAUAAUCAAAAUAACAACAAUGGAUUAUUAUGAUUAUUGUCUAAGAAAAUAUAUAUUAUCGUAUAUACAAAUACAUAUAUACCAUAUACAUAUAUAGUAA